ACUAAAAUGGAUCAAACAUGGCGGCCAUUUGGUUUGCAUUGACUUCUUCUCACAAAUACCAAAGUUACUACUACCGUUUCUACGACAAAACUUAGAUCAUAAUUUGACAAAUCAAGUUCAGCUAUCAAACAACAAACCAAAGGUAGCUUUUUUUCUGGUCUGUCUACGAUUUAGCGAUAUUCUGAAGGGAAAACCCUCAUCGAAAUUUCGGUUUGUUAUGGUUUUUGUGAGUCAAUCCCGUGUUGAAGGAAUUUAAAGAAAAUGACAACUGUAGCACCAAAAACAAGUCCAAGUAAUGCCAAGACAUUAAGAGAGGAUACUUUGGGUAAAACAUCUCGUGGAAAGGUAAAAGAUAUACGCGGAACUAGUUCUCCUUGCAUUUUACCUGUUCUCGAUGGGAGACCCACCACUGACGAAAAUGCAAUCGUAUCGUACCAAAACCGAGCCACGGUGGAAUCACAACAAUUCUUGGAGAAAGAUCAGACAUUUAUUACAGCGGGUUCGGAUUUUAUUCCCAUGGAUAUCUUGAAUAGUUUAACCCAAAUACCAGCUCCCCCCACAAGGGAACAACUUGGACCUCCAAGCAAACACAAGAAACUUCGACCAAUUGAGCAGAAUGGAAGUAGUCCAGCAAGGCACAGGCCAGCAAAUGUGUGGAACUACCCCAAAGGGCGGGAAAAGCUGAAGCACUUGGUGGAACAGCCACCAUGUCUAUGUGGUGCAGGAAAGGAUAUCUCCUUUUUGUACGAUGCAGUUCAAGAGAAGCAAUCACCGGAAGUCACAAAAACUUUGGAAAAAAUUCCUGCAUCUGUAGAAAGGGAAAUCCAGGCACUUGUUGGAAAAUCAGAUGACAACACAAAUAAGAAAAUUGCCAAAAUGGAUGGAUCUUCUCAGAUUCCAGACACCCUUUUACCAUCUGAGUACCAUAUCGUCAAAAACCCUGGUGUGAUGGGCCUGGAAUUCCAUGAUGAGAAAUACACAACAUAUGUCCAUGAUCAUGAAGACCAUCUAACCGUCUUCCCAUCAAUGAAGCCAUCUGGUAGACAGGAGGUGCUCAAGCUAAAACAUGCGAUGGCUUCCCUUCUGGCUCGGGCAGGUGCUGAUGAUGAUGGCAAGGAGCUAACUGGACCCACCCAGAUUCACAACUUGCUUGAAUUGGUGAAGAAAGAACAGAACAUCUAUAAUGUGUGCUUCAACGAGAUCAUUCGACAGGUGACAGUUGAGUGUACUGAGAGAGGCGAGCUGCUUGCUGACUUGAGGAGACGUUACAGUGGUCUUCUUGACCGUAUUCCAAGACAAGUGAAAAGUCUUCACCAAGAAGUGAUCGCCCAGCGUGCGCUGGACAGGCGUCUCACUGAAGAGCUUGUUCGGUUCAAGGCCUCGAUAAGCGCCCUGACGGGGGAGCUGGCGUCUGUGAAAGCCCACGAUCGCGAGGUUACCCAGCAAGCUAUUGAAGCCCAACGAAAUCUGGAGGAAGCGCUGCAUGAAUCAGAGAAAAACGCAAGCUUGCUGUCAGAAUAUCACGGCUUGUAUGAGCUUCAAAGGAACCGUCUCCAGGCGCAAAUCGGCUCGUUAACAGAGGAGCGAGACUUGUGGGGCAGCGCUGCCUACACCCUUGCUCUCAAGGUCACCGAUAAACACUCGCUGAACACAGCUAAGAAACUUCAUCUUUGUGAAAAGGCUUGGGCAAAGCUCGCGCGCCAUUUCGCCAUCUUCCUGAGCGAGAAAGACAGUAUUCAGCUCGAGAGCCUGACUGCGCAUGUGCAGCAAUGGCGCGAAAUGGCUGACAAGUUCAACAAACAAAUCGAGUCGACAGAGGACAAAAUGCGAACGAAGCUAAAUCGUCUUGUGAAACAGUUUGAACGAUGGAAGAAGGAGUUCGAUAAAAUUGUAAACUACGAUGAUGGCAGUGUAACCAUCCCGAGCCAGAAGUUCAUAAGUGAUCUUAGCGAGGACAUGAAGGCGUGGGAGGAGGUGUUCAACCAGGAGGCAGAGAGGUUCACGGGAGAAGUGCUAUUAGCGAGGGAAGACGAGCUCUACCAUAUGAACAAGCAAGUCGAUAAGUGGACGGACGUGGCCUUGAAGGUGUUCGGCCGUCACCAGACCCCGGAAGGUGAGAGAUGGCCUCAGCACAUUGAGAUGAAGGAGUUGAAUCAGAACGUGGAUAAGCUUCAUCAGCAGUACCAUGUCAGGAUUAUCGGCGAGAACGGAGUGGCUAAGGGAAUUAUAGACCUCGUCAACCCUAUAGAGACCUGGGGUAACAAGCUAAACGCUAUUCUGCACGGUGGUGAGAUGAUGCUAGAGCCCGAGUGGAUCCGCCUCGCCGACCUAGUGUGUAACGAGUGGCUGGACCAGCUCAAAGACACCAUCCUGGUGAUUGGCUCCAAUCAGAAGGAGGGGGCGCGGGUAGCCGGGGAGCCUGAGAAAAGUGUGGAUGUAGAGGUUGUGGUCAGCAAGAUUGACAAGUGGCUGACGGCUACCACCAAUGGCAUCGAUAAUGAAGAUGGGAAGAUCGUGGAAAAGGUAUCGCUAAUCCAUAGCGCCAUGGUCCGGUGGAUGAUAACGGUACUUCUGCGUCUCGCCCCAGACCUCGAGGAUCGUGAGCUGGACGAACUGAGCAAAAAUGAGAACAGAGCGGACACCGAUUCGUCUAUCGGGGGAGGCCAGAUCUUGCUUGAGUCAACCUCCGAGGAAAUCCGCACUAGAGGUUCUGGCCUGUUUGAUGAGAUGAGGAAAUUCUCCGUGCUCCUGACCAAAUGCUGCUCGGAUCUCGUCAUUGACAUCAUGCAAGAGAGGCGAGAUCAAGGCGACGAGCACGCCGACAUGGAGUUCAAGGACCUCAAACGUCUAACGAGCGAGUGCGAGGGCUGGGUCCGAACGGCUGAGCUACUCACCAGGGAGGUGAUGGGAGAGGAUUACGAGGAGCCGCCAGUAGAAACGACCAUACCAAGCAAAGCCAAACCUGUCGCACCCUCCCAGGGUGGGGAUACACCGGCGACUGGUGACAACGAAGAUGCCAAGUCUAUGACGCCUGAGUCUGGGGUGGCUAUUUCUGUCGAGCCAAGCGAAGAGGACAAACAGCCAGACACAAGAUCAGAAGGUGGUCAUGUCUCCAAGUCCGAGGAACCCCAGCAACCCUCGCCCUCACCUGAACCCGCUGCUCCAACUGAGACUCCUGAAAGCCCCCCUGAUGGGGAAGGAGACAAGGGAGGGGAGGGAGAGAGUGAGAAGAGCAAGGAAAAGAACGAUGACCUCACGUCCAAGAUGCACGUGCUUGGACACGAUGAGAACAUUAGGACCAAGUCCUUGGAGCAUCUACCCGCUGACCAGGAGCUUGGGCAGCUUGAAGUACCGGAUUCUGAGUCUAUGCCAGCUCGCUCGCCAUCUCCGGACACUAAGAAAGCGCUCGAGGCCUUGGCGGCUGUGGAGAGAUUACAGAGCCAGUUACUGGAAACAGAAGAGCGUGCCCAGGCUUCCGAAGAACGCGCACUUAAAGCUGAGACCGAGCUUAAACAGGCCCUGGAGCGAAUCCGAGCCCUCGAGCGGUCAGCGUCUCGUGCCAGUGCCCUCACGCCUGGCUCCAAUACUCCGGGCUCAGAAAGACCGGUCAGCAGUAGCACAUCCAAUCAAAAACGAGCUGAGUCCCAGACCCCUGCGUCUCACUCACGGUCACCUUCCCAGCAAUCAACACGAGCAUCGACACGCGCUUCGACACGAAAAAAAUAGUCCAAUGAGCAGAUGGGGAUAAUUGUAAAUAGAUAUAGUUGAACAUUUAUAAAGUGAUUUUUUAUGUUUGUUUGUACAAUAAAUGUUUGUAUUCUAGUAAA